GUUGAAGAGUGCCGCCACUCACUUGGCGGGUCCAGUCGCGAGUAAGGGAGAGCAAAGAUGGAGGCCAGUGGGUUAGAUUCUGAGGGCCGGGAAUUCAAGAACGCGGAGGAGAUGUGGAGAGCUGAAAUCGGAGAUGGAGCAGAUCCUCACAAGAAGACCGACUGGUACCGUAAAGGCGUCGGCUACUGGGAAGGUGUGGAGGCAUCGGUGGAUGGUGUGUUGGGUGGAUACGGCCAUGUGAAUGAUGUGGAUGUUAAGGGCAGUGAAGCUUUCCUUAAAACACUCUUCUCUGAGCGGUUCGUUGAUGCUGGAAGAAUUCAGCAUCUUGUUGCCCUAGAUUGUGGUUCUGGCAUCGGGAGAGUGACUAAGAAUCUUCUUAUAAGGUAUUUUAAUGAGGUUGAUCUUGUCGAGCCAGCAUCGCAUUUCUUGGAGGCUGCCCGUGAAACUUUGGCUUCUGGAAAGCUUAUGUUUUCGGAUAUGCACAAGGCAGCCAACUUUUAUUGUGUUCCACUUCAGGACUUCACUCCAGAAACAGGGAGAUAUGAUGUUAUAUGGAUUCAGUGGUGUAUUGGGCAGCUUGCAGAUGACGAUUUCAUUUCAUUCUUUAAGAGAGCAAAGGCUGGACUGAAACCUGGGGGAUUUUUUGUCCUGAAGGAGAACAUUGCAAGAUCUGUAAUUUUUGAAUUGAAAGCAGGAUUUGUGUUGGACAAAGAAGAUAGAAGCAUUACCCGGUCAGAUUUGUACUUCAAGGAGCUCUUUGGUCAGUGUGGACUGCACCUCUACAAAUCGAAGGAUCAGAAGGGAUUUCCUGGGGAAUUAUUUCCUGUGAAGAUGUAUGCUUUAACAACUGAUAUGCCGAAGAGAAUUCUUGGGGCCAGAUCAAAAAUGCAAGCUAACAGACCUGCAGUCAUCAAAUAAAGAAUCAAUAAAAGGAGUUUACGCUGUGACUGCACCAUACAAAAAGGCUGGAUAUUUAUGUAAUUUAACAAAUAUUAUGACCAGAUAAGGUCAGUUGCUCAUAAGCUAAAGUAUUCUUAGUGUCCCCUCUUUCGUUUUCUUCUUCACUCAAUUUUGUGCAUUAACCAGCUGGAAGGCUGCAAGUUUUUUUGUAGUUUGUCCAUUCCAUGACUGUUUCUUUAUGUUCUCUGAAUCAUAAAUUUGUUCAUCUUAUAAAUAUGGCCACUAUGCAUUUUAUGUCUACA